AUGAGCAUUUUUAAUUGGCAUCCAAAAGAACGGUUUCUGGGCUUCUUUAUACAGGUACUAAUAAAACCGAAGCUAUAUAUAGCUUGUCCGUUGGUGUUUUUGUUUAUGUUGGCGUACCCAAUUCUUAUGCUAAGUUCAUUUAAUGGCAGUACUAAUCAGUAUUACUUUUCGAGAACUGAAUUAUGCUACGUUGAGGAUACGUCUGCUGCCAAUGUCUCCUUCACGCAGAUUUUGAUCCAGCCUAAUGAUGGCUCGAACAUAUUGAACAAAACAAUCCUUGUGGAGGCGUUCGCAUUUCAACAGCGGUUAUUGCAGGACAUUCAUCCUUCGAAUGUUUUAUCAGUGCGUUCAGCUUUUGAUAUGUGGGAUAACUCCUUAGAUCUGUUGCGCGCAGAUAAACGGCCAAUGUACACCGUAAAUAAAAAAUUGCGAGAUUUGCCCCAAAACCUUUUGUUAGGUGCCACUAGAUUGAAUGGUUACAUCGUGUCUGCUCGGGGUAUUGCUACCGUAUUGUUAGCGCCAAAUGAUCUAGCAGCAAAGCGUAACGAUAAUUUCAGCCUAAGCAGAAAUCUCAAGGCCUUGAAGUCUUUUUCGAACAUCACACAUUUUUAUAUUUUUGACGAGCUUGAUUCUAUGAAUUAUGGCAAACAGCGGGAACUGCUACGCUUCUUGGUGGUGCCUCUGACUGUUAUUGACUAUUUCUGGAUUGUGGCAAUAUAUGCAGCCCUGAUUGGUUAUUUCAUCUAUUCUAUGUCCUCAUUGCGCCAUAUUAAGUCCUGCGUGGGAAUUUCGAUCGCGGUGGUUUGUCAGCUCACCUUAGUUAUAGCAGCAUCAAGAACGAUUACAGCACUUUUUUACAAGUCAAAUGACGAUAAUGUGUUAUGGUUUCUGUUUUAUAUACCAGUCAUUGUGAUUUCACUCACUAGCAUAGUUAAUUUGAUCAACUCUACCAAUGGAACUACGCUAUCGUUACUUCCAAUGGACGAUUGGCAUGGGCAAAUAAAGUCUCCAGAACUAUUAGAAGAUUCCAGUCCACAAAAAAGCUUUAUUGAAUCUACAAUAGCAUCUCAUAUUAAGUCCUUUAACUGCCUCAUAUUAAGCAUAUGCGCUGUUGUGUUUCUGCUUCCAUUCAGUAGAAAGACGACUUUUUUCGUGGUCAUUGCUUUGUUUUGCAAUUUCAUUUUGACUACUACUUUUUUCACAGCUAUUUUAACUGUUGAUCAUAGGCGUUUUAAUUUGAAGGAUAUUUUAUUCCUACAGGAUAAUUACGAAAACCUUGAUGUCUCCCUCGAUGAUGUUUGUUCCAAGGUAUCGCUUGCAAAUUCAGUUUCGUAUUUUGUUCAUGCAACACCGAUUCUGGGCAUCUUGUGGCUCUCUAAGCCUUUGAUCAUCCUAGGAGGAUAUAUGCUCUUUUUGAACAUCCGUUUUAGCUUUGUGCGCUCUUCAUCCUCUUUACUUUACAAGAUGUUCAAUGGUCGAUUUUCUAACUUCUUGAGUUUUACUAUGCCAUAUCCGAGAAUUAUAUUUGACCGGAAUUUCGUUGCCCAGCAAGUAAUGCAGUUUCUGUUGUCAACCUCAAAUGAUGACGCUGGUAGCAAAAUCAAAAAUAUUAUUUUCACGUUAGCGGUUGAACAUCCUAUUUUUGUUGUCAAAGAUGUCAUCAAUUCAACGAACUUGGCUUCCUCCAAACUGCAUAAUGUUUCACAACUGUUUGAGUCGACUAUGUUAUCGUCCUACAAGUUUGAGGGUCACUACUUUUUUGAGUUCCUGGUGUUUUUAGUAUUAGUAGCCUCCUUGACUUUAUUAAUUCUACAAAUGUUAUCACACCAGUCAGAAAGUGAGCAUCCAGUAUAUUCUAUUCCCAAAAUGGUCAAAAGUACAGGAAGUUCCUCCUAUUCAUUAUUAGCUUUGAAAAAUGCUAGAUCAUCUAAAACUGAGACUGACUUGAGUCUUGAUUGCAGCUCCGGUGUUAGUGUCUUCCAAAUAAAGGAGCUAGCUGAAUUCGGGCAUGACCUCGAUAUUACUAAAAUUAUCACUUCUCAAUCACCAUUCAUUGUUUCUAUUGGAAUGGAUCAUAAAGUCCUCAUUUGGUCACCUUUGGCUGAACCAAUGCCCAAACCUAAACUUAUACCGUUAGAUCGAAGGUUUUGGCCGAUUCUCUCAGUCUUUAUUUCUAACAGUGGUAACAACAUUGCAUUUUUUAGCAAUCUCGGUGGCAUGACUUGCUGGUCACGAUCUUUGAUGUCUUUUUUAUGGUCACAUAAGCUAGAUAAUGGGGUCAUACCCUUGGAAGGCUUUUUUAGAACCAGAACUCUUCCUGCGUUCGUUAAAAGAAGACUGCUGAGAAGCAUACCUGAUUCUGGAAUUUCAUCAGGUGCGGUGGCAGGUAUCAUCUCGAAUCGUAAUGCAUUAAGCAGACGUAGUAGUGCUAAAUCUGUCGCAUCUAUUGGUACUGGUACUACAAGUGGAGUUGAUUCUAGUUAUGAAAACCCAAAUUAUGAGCAUUUUGGGGAGGACGAAUUUGUUUUUGUUACAAAUGAUGGGAACAUAAAUAUCGUUAACUCUGAUGGAAAUUUAAGGGUUGAGAUAUUGGAAGGCGCUAUGACGCCUCUAAGAUCAUGUACGAAGUUAAUUUCACCUAGAGUAAACGAUCGACUUAUCAUAUGCGAUGCAAAUGGCGAGCUAUUUGUGUCUACUGUUGUCGACAAUAUCUGGCGAAUAAAAAAACUAGUAAUUCAAAGAAAUAUGUCUGGAAUGAUGACUCCUGAUUGUCAAACUAAAAAUAAUCGUCCACAUUUCAACAUGCCAUGUGUUCCGACUCUUGAAACUGAUUAUACAAUACUCUUGGUUCCAUUUGUUGGUAUUAUUGGGCGUACUCGGGGCAAUCGACUUGAAUUGAUAGACGCCCAGACUGGCACUUUUAUUCGUGAUUUUGAGAUUGGAGAUUUUAAACCUUCUACUUUGCGAAUAUUCCAUGAUCAGCCUACACACUGUAAGUUUUGUGGUAGUGCUUCCGUUGCAUCAUUCUCAAUUGCUUAUACUGAGCAACAUAGUAACUCUUUGGUAAUGCAUACUUUCCAAUUGGAAAGUAAAACCAAAAAUAGCAUAUGUUUGCGUGUUGAACGUGACCCUAGAGAAAUUCGUUGCUUAGGUCUAGAGUCAGUGACAGAAAAGAAACAUUUGUUACUAAACAUUGAAGAUUGGAAUGUCACAGACAAUAAUAUGGUCAUUGGAAUUAGACGUAAGCUUGAAGCUAUGGAAUCUGUUCCCAAAGGGUCUACCUCCAUGUCUAGGUCUAGUUCCGUUGCAUCUGCAGUAACAGGUACAUUACAAAGGAGACGAACCUCCGGUGCUAAUAGACAGAAGGAAAUUUUUCACCAUAUAAACUCAUUUAAGAUUCAUGAACUAUGGGAGGGAUGGACUAUGAAUAUAAAUGGAAAGGUUGUUUUCCACGAAAUUCCUGCAGGAUUAAAUGGUCUGUUAGUAAAUCAUAUAGGGCCCAUUAGAAAAUUUGGUGCUAAGUCUAUCGUUGUUGGUUUUGGCAACAUUAUGAAAAUGUUCUACUUGGGUAAAGAGGAACUGAUCUUGUCGACUGAUGGUGCAGGCUCCAAUGAAGAAAACUCCGGCCUAAAAUAUGUUAAUAAGAGAAGAAGAGACAGGCUAAAUAAUAGAAAAACAUAUGUUUCAGCUGACUAUACAAAAUUUGAUGUUGUUUUUACAGGCACUAAUAAGUAG